AUGUGUGAGUAUGUGACAUCAGCCAUCAGCGUUCAAGGCUUCAAGCGGCCUCACUCUCUCAGUUCUCACAGUCACACACCGUCAUCCGUCAAACUCUUUUCUUCUCCACGCCACGCGAUUCCGAUUCUUCCAUUCAUCAAGCUCACGCCGCGCCGCGCGAUUCCGAUCAUCAAGGAUUCAAGCUCACACCGUGCGAUUCCGAUUCUGGCAGCUGAAAUCACACAGGAAUUACAAUCUGUUUGUGCUUCAAAUAUGAGGGAUAGUGAUACUGAUGGUAGUGGAAGUCUUCAGAAUAUGUGCGUUGAUGGGGAAAUUGAGAGCCAAGCUAGGGAAAUUCCACUAGUACCACCACCAAUUGAUCAAAAUACACAAGAAGUGUCUUCUGAUCCAAAGGAUAAGAAGCGUAAGGGCAAGGCUAAGGCUAAGGACAAGGCUACGGGCAAGGUCAAGAGCAAGGGUAAAGCCCUAACAUCUGACGUGUGGCUAUAUCUUGUGAAAGUUGGUAUUGUAGAUGGAGUAGAGAAAUGUAGAUGCAAGGCGUGUCACAAAUUAUUGACUUGUGAAUCAGGAAGCGGAACUAGUCAUUUAAAGCGUCACGUACUUAGUUGUAGAAAGACUAUCAAAAAUCAUGAUGUGGGUGAAAUGAUGAUUGAUGCUGAAGGAAAAUUGAGAAAGAAAAAGUUUGACCCUAUGGCUAAUCGAGAAAUUUUAGCUAGAAUCAUGAUUACACAUGGUGCACCAUUUAAUAUGGUUGAGUGGAGGGUGUUUAGAGAAUACCAAAAGUUUUUGAAUGAUGAUUGUGUUUUUGUUAGUAGAAAUACUAUAGCCAAAGAUAUUUUGAAUGUUUAUCGUGAUGAGAAACAAAAGCUGAAAUCACAGUUAGCUCAAAUUCGAGGGAGAGUUUGCUUGACUUCUGAUUGUUGGACGGCAUGCAGCAAUGAAGUUGGGGCUGUUCUUGAUCCAACCAAAAAGUUUAACUUUUUGAAAUUUGCUUAUGAAAAACUUGACCCACUCACUAGUGAGGAGAAGUUGAAAAAAGUUAAGAUGACUUUGGGGAAGCUUUUUUCCGAGUACAUCAAGAAUGGAAUUCCUUCUAAUCUAAGCUCUUCACAAGUCCAGCCUAGCUAUGGUGGAGGAACUCGAAUUACGUCAUCUUCAUAUGAUGAAUUUGAAGAGUAUGAAAGCCAAUCAAGUAGCAACACCGGAAAAUCAGAACUUGAUACUUAUUUAGAUGAGUUGCGGAUGCCUCUAUCUGCAGAAUUUGAUGUCUUAGCUUUUUGGAAGGAAAGAAGUCGUAGAAGUCCAAAUCUUGCAAGGAUGGCUUGCGAUAUAUUGAGUAUUCCAAUAACAACGGUGGCAUCAGAAUCUGCGUUUAGUAUUGGCGCCCGAGUUGUGAAUAGGUAUAGAAGUUCAAUGAAAGAUGAUUCUGUUCAGGCUCUCUUGUGCGCACGUAGCUGGUUGCAUGGUUUUGAAGAAUUAUAUGAUGACAACAAUGAUGUUCAAGAAGAUGAAACUCAUGGAAGUGGACAAGCAUCAAAUAGUACUGUGGAUGUUGUGAACCUUGAAGAAGAUUAAGUGACUUUGUUGGGAGUGACUUUUUGGAUUAAAACUUUUGUUAUGUUAUUGUUAUUACUUAUUCUGGAUAAUUAGUAAUUUGAAUUUAGAAUCUUCAUUCUGGAUAAUUAGCUUGAUGGAAGCCUAUUGUCAUCCUAGUUGAAGGAUUGUCAUCCUAGUUGAAGGAUUAAACAAUAGAUACUUCUACUGUUUUACAUGAUGCCUGUCUCUGUUAAUUACAGUUUUGGAUUUUAGGGUACAUUAACCAACAGGAGUUGGCAUGGAGAAAAUGAAACACCAGCCCGGUAAUAUCAAGCUUACCUCCAGGAAAA